GCUCCGCGGGGGGCAGCGGCGCGAAGGUGACCGUUGACGUCAAGGACACGUGUCGGUCACGUGAUCGCCGGAGACGCCGCCGCCGUUGCUGCUGCUGAAGUUUCUAUGAUGGCGGCCAGUAAUUAUUAUGGAUUCACACAUGCAGCUGCCGCCGCCGCCGCCGCCGCCCCGCAGUACAGCACCCAGCCGCCUCCUGCCUAUUCCCACCCAACCACGGGCAGCUAUAAUGUCCAGCCCGCCCCCGGAGUGGCCCAUGCGGUGACGGCCUCGUACCCCUCCGUCACCGCCCAACCGGCGAGUCCUGCGGUGACCACCCCCUACCCCACCUACCAGCCCCAUCCCGCCCCAAACUACGGCUACCGGCAGCCUGAAACAACCCCACAACUGACGACCACCCCUCAAACUUACCAGGUGUUGACUGAACCGGAGAAUUAUAACUACGGUCGACCACCGCCGCCGGUCAGCAGCUAUGAGAACAAGCAGUACUUUCAAACAAGCAUUGCACCUGCGCAGCGAACAGCAACUGAGGCCUACUUCCAGACAGGCCUGAAAACUGGCUACAGCCCCACGAGCACAGUGUACAGUCAGCCGCCUGUUCAAAGACAGGUCGCAGCUCUGAAACCCCCUCCCGCUGUGAGCUCUGUGUCCUCUAGCUACACCAUCUACCCGACAUCAACCAGCGUACAGCAAACUCCAGCCCCCAUAUCCACUUACACCCCCAGUUCUUCCUUCAACUCCACAGCUGCUACGUCCUACUCUGCCGGUCUCAGCUAUUCCAGCUAUGAGUCUAGCGGUUACACAUCCACGCCUUCGUACUUCCAGCCGGCACAGCUGGCGCCCCCGCAGGCGCAGCCUCAACCACCUCUCCAGCAGCCGCAACAGCCUCCGCCGCCGCCGCAGCAGACGCAACAACCUCCAAAACAGCUCGCCAACUCCUCCUGGAGCAACACUGGAAGUGGCACGAUCACCAGCCAUUCCGUCAACACAUACAAGAAACCUGUUUUCCACCAGAACAAGAUCCAAAAGCCCAAAGGGCCGCCCAAACAGCCACAGCUGCACUAUUGCGAUAUCUGCAAGAUAAGCUGUGCCGGUCCACAGACGUAUCGGGAACAUCUGGAAGGACAGAAGCACAAGAAGAAAGAGGCAGCUCAGAAGAGCGGCAGUCAGGUGACCAACGGACCUCGCGGUGUCCAGACGCAGCUGCGCUGUGAAUUGUGCGACGUCUCGUGCACCGGUGCCGAUGCAUACGCCGCACACAUCAGGGGAUCCAAGCACCAGAAGGUGGUGAAGUUGCACACCAAACUUGGCAAACCCAUCCCUUCCACGGAGCCCGUUUUCGUGAGCUCUGCCCCUGCUGCCGUGACAAUGACUACUAGCAAGACGGCUGCGACAACCACUCCCACCCCUACAUCGAUUGCGCAGAAGAUGCCAGCGGCAGCACUUUCCAAACCCGUGGCGUCUCCUGCGAAAAAACCUGCCACUGCUAAAGUUGCAAUUAUCGGCAGCAGAACAUCCACACCAGCUCCGGUAAAGACGGAGGAGACGAAGCCGUCUUUAGUGAAGACGGACACUUUGAGCGACGAUGAGGAUGGAGAUGGUACUGGAGCUCAAGGAGACAUUCAGCCUGUGGGACACGAUUAUGUCGAAGAGGUUCGAAAUGAUGAUGGUAAGGUGAUUCGCUUUCACUGUAAACUGUGUGAAUGCAGUUUCAACGAUCCCAAUGCUAAAGACAUGCACCUGAAGGGACGGAGGCACCGUCUGCAGUACAAGAAAAAAGUGAACCCAGACCUUCCUGUGGAGAUCAAGCCCAGUAAUCGAGCGCGGAAGCUUCUGGAAGUCAAACUGCGAAAGCAGAAGCAGAAAUCAGUGCUGAAGAGACAGCAAGAGGACGAACAGCGCUGGCACAUGGAAAUGAGUAGGAGGUACGAGGAGGACAUGUACUGGCGGAGGAUGGAGGAGGAGCAGUUAUACUGGGUGGAGAUGAGACACAGAAUGGCCCCGCCCCCUCUCAUGGGCCGGCCCAGCAUGCCGGUGCCGCCCCUAUUGCCCUCGCGAAGGCCUGAUUCGCCCGACGACCGCCACAUCAUGGCCAAACACUCGGCCAUCUACCCCGUGGAGGAGGAGCUUCAGGCCGUCCAGCGAAUCGUGUCGCAUUCUGAGCGCGCUCUCAAACUGGUGUCUGAUUCGCUGCUGGAAAAGGAGGCGUGUGCUGCAGACGACGACGACGACAACGACGCGACGGACAAACAGUCGGAGUCUCAGGCUCGUAUUCUCAAAGGAGUCAUGCGUGUGGGAAUCCUGGCUAAAGGUCUCCUCCUGCGCGGUGAUCGCAACGUCCAGCUCAUCCUGUUAGCGGCCAAGAAACCCACCGUAUCUCUAUUGAAAACCAUUGCGGAGCAACUGCCCAAACAACUAGCGACCUUUUCUGAAGAUCAGUAUGAGGUGCAGGUACACCCUGAGGAAGCCAACAUCGUCAUUUUUUCAAGCAAGGAACCAAAAAUGCAGGUCACCAUCUCUCUUACCUCGCCAGUGAUGCGCGAAGACCCCGUCCCCAACAUGGAGAAAGCAUCAGAGAAAGACUCUCCGGAUGUUCUCAGCAGGACCAAGUGCCUUGAGUAUUUAGCGGCUCUGCGACAUGCUAAAUGGUUUCAGGCUCGGGCAAACGGUCUUCAGUCUUGCGUCAUCAUUAUUCGGGUUCUGCGGGAUCUGUGUCAGCGCGUACCUACCUGGGGCAAGAUGCCUGACUGGGCCAUGGAGCUGCUUGUGGAAAAAGCCAUUAGCAGCGCAUCCGGUCCACUCAGUCCAGGAGAAGCUCUGCGGAGGGUCCUCGAAUGCAUCUCCACCGGGAUUCUCCUGCCAGAUGGUCCAGGUCUUCUUGACCCGUGUGAGAAAGGUCAAACAGAUGCUCUGGGAAGCAUGUCGAAACAAGCUCGGGAGGACGUGACUGCUAGUGCUCAGCAUGCGCUGCGACUGCUGGCUUUCCGUCAGAUCCAUAAAGUCCUUGGCAUGGGCUCACUGCCGGUCUCAAAGGCCGCAGCCCGAAACCGCAAGAGACGACGCGAUGGCAGCGACACGGGCGAAGGAGAAGCCGACGGAAAGAAGGAUAAAAAAGACGACUCUCAGGACCCUUGAGACGUCUGCAUAAUCUUCGCAAGCUAUUAUGUCUUUAGAAAUGUAUAAAUAUCACUUGAAGAGGAAAAAAUACAACACUUGAUGGUUCCGUUUUUCAAAAGUACAAGAGAUGGAAAAAAGUAGUCGUUCCCCUUUUAUGAUGCAAUAUGUCUUUCUAAUACAUCUGAGCUGAAAAUAGGCCGAAAUGCUUCUAAAGUGCAGCAGUCGCAUCUUGUUUUCAGUGUAUCAGAUGAUGAACGAACGUCACUACCCAUCAGCGACCAAAAUAUAAUAUAAAGUUACUGAACGUCACAUUAGCUCCAUUAGGCACUUUGACAUAUUAAUGGCACUUAAUUAAAAGCUUUAAUUAUCCAGACACAGGCCAGUCUUUUUAUGUUUACAUCACAUAUAUAUAUAUAUAUGUAUAUAUAUAUAUAUAUAUAUAUAUAUAUAUAUAUAUAUAUACAUAUAUAUAUAUAUAUAUAUACAUAUACAUUUUUUUUUUUACACUGUGGUGCCCAAAACUCUGAGUCCACAUUGACGUUUUUAUUUUUCAGGCAUUUUAACAUGGAAAUAAAUAUGUUUUAUUAUUUUUGAAAAGUGUAAAAUGAACAUUAUAACAUAAAAAUAUUUCUACUUUUCAUUUCUAAUUAAAUGAAGGUAAUUUAGUGACACUGAAUAUAUAAACAGAUGUUCGUUGCUCUCAAAUUGUUUUGCAAAAAUUAAAUUUCUAUUAUUAUUAUUAUUAUUUAUUUUUAUUUUUAAAUUAAAAGACUCAGACUUUUGGAUCCCACUGUAUAAAAGACAAAAUAUUUAGAUAUAUUUAUAAAUAUUAAUAAAUUCUAUUCUAUAUAAUAUUAUUAUGAUGUAUUAUAUAAUAAUAUUAUGUAUGAGGUUAAUGCAAAAUUAGUUUCUCAACUGUGUAUCUAAAAAAAAAAAAGUUUUUAAAAUAAGUAGUUGCUAGUAUUCACUAAUAAGCUGUUAAAAGCGACACGAUUCAGCUUUGUGUGGUUGUUUAUUAACCCGACACUGGAUUUAUACAUGUUUAGGCAUCAGAUCUGUAACCGAUGGAGGAAAAAAAAUAAAUAAAUAAAUAGACUUAUUACUUCUCUGCUAUCAUUAUUUUUAUUUGCAUACUGAAUAAUCGCUCAUUUCACGGUGAGAAGCUGGCGUUUCGACAGGGUAUCGAGUCGUUGUUCUCCAGCGAACGACGCGAAAAAACACAACGUAAAGUCUGUGGUUCUUCACAUGUGCCUGCGGUAAAGACUUAAAGUACUUGAAAUGCGAACGAGGAGGUGAAUUUCCGGUUCUUCAUAUUGCAAUAUAAUAUAAUGUAAUACCUCUCUAUUCUUACAUUUUUAUAUAAAAGAGUAAAAUCUAACGAGAGAUGCGCAGUUUGCUAGAAAGAUUGCUAUUCGUAUAUAUUGAAUUGAUUAUUCGUAUCGCCUGAAUUUGCGUUCUGCCACCUGUUUUUAUGUAUAAUGCAAUCGUAUCCCGGCGUUUUUAAAUGUUCCUGCUGAGUGUUUGUUCUCGUUUUGUAGGACUGUGAAUAAUUAUAGUGUGAUCUUUCUUUCAGUUGGAAUAUGUGUAGUGCUGCUUAACUAAAUAAACAGAGAAAACGAUCAGA